UCCUCCUCCUUUCCCCUUUCGUCUUCCUCCUCCUCUACACUCACAUGCCAUUCCCCCAAAACUUCCGACCAAUCACAGCCCGCCAUGUACAUCUCGGAAAAGCCCCACCCAAUCGACUUCUACAAGUCCUCCUCCCCCGACCGCGACCUCAUGAUGGACGUCGUCUACGCCCCCGCAGCCAACACCAGCAGCGGCGGCGAGGGCGUCCCCAAGAAGCGCGCCGAGACUUGGGUCCAGGAAGAGACCCGCAGCCUGAUCAGCUUCCGCCGCGAGGUCGACGGCCUCUUCAACACGUCGAAGUCGAACAAGCAUCUUUGGGAGCAGAUCUCGGCCAAGAUGAGAGACAAAGGGUUCGACAGAAGCCCCACCAUGUGUACGGACAAGUGGAGGAACUUACUUAAGGAGUUCAAGAAGGCAAGACAUCAAGUUAAAGUGGGGAGUAGGUCUGCUAAGAUGUCGUACUAUGAAGACUUACAUGAGUUGCUUAGGGAUAGGACUAGCCAUAAUAGUGGUGGCAAUAUUGGUGGAAAUGAUAAUGGUGUUUCUGGUUAUAAUAAGAGGCCUAAUUCGCCUGCGAAGCUCGAAGCUUUUAUACGUUUCUCUGAUAAGAGUCUGGAGGAUGCUAGCAUUCCAUUUGGACCUAUGGAAGCUGCUGACCGGACAGCAGUGGACUUGGAGAGGCAGUUGGAUCAUGAUGGCGAUCCUCUGGCGAUUACUGCGGGUGAUGGAGUGGCAGCAAAUGAGGUUCCUCCGUGGAAUUGGAGGGAAGGCCCUGAGAAUGGAGGGGAGGGACACUCAUCUUAUUGUGGGAGGAUUAUAACUGUGAAGUUGGGAGAAUACAACAGAAGAAUUGGUAUUGAUGGAACUGCUGAUGCCAUUAAGGAGGCAAUCAAAUCUGCAUUCAGAAUAAGAACUAAGCGAGCAUUUUGGUUGGAGGAUGAGUAUCAGGUUGUGCGGAGUCUUGAUAGGGAUAUGCCUUUGGGAAAUUACACUCUCCACCUUGAUGAAGGAGUAACUAUAAAACUUUGCCUCUGUGAUGAAUCUGACCGUAUAGUUCGCACUGAAGAAAUAACAUUCUACACUGAGGAUGACUUUCGGGACUUCCUUACACGUCGCGGCUUGAUUGGUUUAAGGGAUUUAAGAGAAUUAAGUGGCUACAGACGCAUUGAUACUUUAGAUGAUCUUCAGUCUGGUGCAAUGUAUCAGGGGGUGAGACUUCCACUAUGAUACUCAUACAACUCAUACAGUUGGAUCUGUCUUCCUCCUUUUCUUGUUACCAAUCCUAAACCACAUGUAAGAAGGCUGUUGAUUCAUGAUGUAAAACUGUAAAAGCCAAGUGACAGUCAUCUGAGUUAGCAUUGUAUAAAACUGAUGUACAUACCACAGGACGCCCAUCUUUUUAGGUCUGUUCUAUCCUCUCUUUUACUUUCCAUUUUAAUCGAUUCAUCUCUCAAAUUGAGCA